CUCUGUGGCAAAAUGGGUAGGCACAGCGGAGUCACUUCAGACCUUUCCUAGACCAAGGAGAAUAUCCACCACAGACAUGGCUACGAAUGUGCCGUCGGAUAGCCCUGUCAGGUCAGGGCAGCCGCUAGCACGGAUAUCCCAGGUAAAACAUGGAGAAAGGCAAAACUACAACCCCGAUUUUUGGCACAUGAAGUUCCGAGGUUUCAGUCCCUCGGAAGGGUCCGACUGGAUCCAGGACCUGAGGAGGAUCUCUGAGCUAUGUUAUCAGUGGCUGAGGCCGGACCUGAACAGCAAGGAGGAGAUUCUGGAUCAGCUGGUGUUGGAGCAGUUCCUGACCUGCAUGCCACCAGAGCUGCAGGCCUUAGUGAAGGAGAGCAGAGCGAAGAGCUGCAAAGACCUGGAAGAGCUGCUGAGGGACGGGAAAUGCCACAACUGGUCCAUAAUCUACUCCCAAGGACAGGCGUACCUCCUUCGGCAUCCCAGCAUUGGGAAGGCUGAAGCUGCAGAGGAUAAAUGGGACCAUAUGGACUCGUCCCAAGAGCACGUAUCAGAUGAGAGCCAGGAGUCUCUCAACAGAGGCCAGGCCAGUUGGGAGCUGCAGAACCUCUCUGAGACUGAAGAGCCAUCCACCAGCCAGGAAAAGGGCAUCUUGCAGGGAGUGAUUCCUGAGAGGAGACAGCCAGACUACCUGAGGCCUGAGAAGAGCCUGGGGAGUGACUCAGUCCCUGACCUGGAAGAGGCAGAGGCAUCUGUGCUUGUUGGUCAGGACCUUCAUCCAACGCUGGGUCCUGCUGGUUCACGUGGAGUAAAGGGUGACGUGCAGCCCCAAGAAGACACGGUUGUGGAUGCUGUACCAUCGUUCACCCAUAUUCUGGAAAGGGAUUUAGCCUCGAACAGAGAUCUUCAGAGUCUUCGUGGUUUCAACUUACCCGCUUCCCAAGGAGUGGCGUCCUAUACGCUCAAUACAGAAGACGGGCUAGAGGCUGCUAAUCCCGAGCCUGCUAACCCACAGCCCAUAGAGCAAGUUGACAGUCUUGCUGGCCAGGCUCGGUUUCAGUGUACUGAGUGCAAGAAGAGCUUUCUUUACAGGUCUCACUUUGGCAUCCACCAGAGGUCACACACAGGAGAGAGACCCUUCAAGUGCAACUUGUGCAACAAGGCCUUUGUACAGUCCUCCGACCUGAGAGUCCACCAGCGUGUCCACACAGGGGAGAAGCCUUACAUGUGUGCAGUCUGUGGGAUGGAGUUUGCCCACGGGUCCACCCUGCAGGGCCACAGGCGGGUCCACACGAAGGAGAGGCCUUAUGUGUGUAAGGGUUGUGGGCAAUGCUUCCGCCACAAGGGCAACCUCAACGUCCAUUUCCGCAUCCAUUGCGACUUGAGACCCUACAUCUGUAAGAUGUGUAACAUGGCUUUCCGACAGCAGGGGACUUGGAAGCGACACAUGGAAACCCACUUGAGAAAGAGAAAGGUGUCUGGGUAGUUCUGGAUCCAGUUUUUUUCCCCUGGAAAGCCUGAGAUUGAAGUCUUUUCUCAGAGAAAUGGAGGUUGGGUUGCCCCUAUUCCAUGAGGUCUCAUCCCUUCAUGGUCAUUGUACAGAGUGUUCAUUGGUGUUCUGUUUCACUAUGCCCCCUGGGUUUUUAUUUGUUUGAGAUAGGGUUAGAACAUAUAUACUAAAAGUUAAAUGUUUUAAAAUUAAAUUUUCAUUGAAGUUA